AUGAGAAGUACCUGCCGGUUUUCCAACCCCUGGGAGCGUCAUAGCCAGUGUGACGCAUCCUCCAUAGUCCCCAGCAAAAUUGUUCAAGAAAUACGCAUUCAUACUAUCCACACCAUGUGUGGUCAAAAGAACAUGCCCCACAGCAUUUGGACACUUCCUCCAACACAAAGGACGACUGUUCUUCAGCAUAUUUUAGUCAGCGACAAGCAAAAGUUCCUGUACUGUUACGUGCCUAAAGUUGCCUGCUCCAAUUGGAAACAAGUUGUGAAAGUCCUUAAUGGGGCUUUGGAGAACGUGGAGGUAAAGAUAAAGAUGGAUCACAAGAAAGACUUGGUUUUUCUGGUAGACUUGAAACCAGAGGAAAUCAAAUUCCGUUUAAAAACUUACUUUAAAUUUAUGUAUGUGAGAGACCCCAUGGAACGGCUUUUGUCAGCCUACAGGAACAAGUCUGGAGAGAUUGAAGCUUACCAGAAGAGGUAUGGUGUGGAGAUAAUCAAAAGGUACAGGAAGAAUCCUGGAAAAACUAAUGGAGACGAUGUUACAUUUGCUGACUUUCUACACUACUUGCUAGAUGAGGAUGUGGAGAAAAUGAAUGAGCACUGGAUGCCAAUUUACAAUUUAUGCCAGCCAUGUGCUGUAAAUUAUGAUUUUAUCGGAUCUUAUGAAAGACUUCACCAGGAUUCCCAGCAUGUUCUUCAGCAAAUCGGGGCACCUGUCCACAUUAAGUUUUCUGAAAGACAAACAUGGUAUAAAGCAAUCACCACACAAACUCUGCACUACUACCUGUGUAUCACACCCAUAAAACAUAUUUGUCGCCAGAAAUGUUAG